CCAAAAUACAAAACCGUUGGAAGCAGCGGAUCCCCCGUUCACGCCGAGCAGAUAUCCGUAAUUUGCAAACAUGAAGAACGAAAAAAUCAUGAAACCCAACAUUGCAGUGCGAGUGGCACAAAGGCGAGGGCAAGAGCUUGUAUCAAGAAAUUUAGCGAAAAGAAUAUUUUCGACAGCGUGGAAGAGUACUUGAUCAGAGGCAAGAUUGCACCUAUCGAGAGGAAAAUAUAUAGGAAAGCAAACAUCGCCACCUUUUCCAAGCAUGUGAUAAACAUCAAUCUUGUCCUGUAG